AAUUAGGGAAAGGAGGAAGAUGCAAAUCAGCGAGUCCUGGAGGCGGAGCCAGAGCAUCAACAGGAAGAGGGUUUGGACGCAGAUUGGAGGAGCUUUAUCAGGCCUUUUGCCAUGGCAACACACUCUCCACGCCAUUGAAGGCAGGUUUGGAGCCGGCGUGAAGGCUUACUUUGUGUUCCUCAGAUACCUGGUGCACUUGAACCUACUUCACUGUGCUCUCAUCUGCGGCUUCAUUCUGGGGCCUACCAUAUUUUAUGACAGCAGCAAAAGCAGUGAACCUCUGAAGUUUGGAGGCAAUGACUCAGUUUUGGACUUUUUCUUGGGAUCGGUAAGGAUUU